UCAGCUAACCAUAACCAGAAGAAAAGGUCAAAGCAACCGAGAACACAAUUCACUCAAAAAAAGACAUCAAAAUCAGGAAAAAGGAAUAAAAAUUACUUUCUUUCGUCUCUUAGCUUGUUCACCGUUUCUCUCAUUCAUUCAUUCAUGGAUAUUGAUUUCUGGACCUCUCGCCUCGCAGCUGCCAAGCGGCAAUUCAAUUUGCAGCAUCACCAUCACACAUACUACCAUAACAACACCUCUCAAUUGGAUCGGCUGAGCUUAGAUGAUUUCGAGGUUGAAGAAGAGGCCCGACCCGAUUUCCCAUGCCCGUAUUGUUAUGAGGACUUCGAUAUUACCUCCCUUUGCUCCCAUCUGGAAGACGAGCAUUCUUGCGACUCCAAAGUCACAGUUUGUCCCAUUUGUUCUGUUAAAGUUUCGAGGGACAUGUUAAGCCAUAUCACACUGCAGCACGGACAAUUGCUCAAGUUGCAGCGCCGUCGGAGGUUACGCAGGGUUGCGAUUCCCAGCAGUCAGGCACUUUCUUUAUUAGGAAGGGAUCUUCGGGAAGCCCAUCUACAGGUGCUUCUAGGAGGCAGCGGGUAUCGAUCGAACACCGCAACUUCAUCUAGUGCCCCUAGUGAUCCCUUCCUCUCAUCUCUUGUGCUCAACUUCCCCGGGUCUGAAGUCGAAGAAAUUUCAAAAUCUGUAGUAUCCAGUAUUGAGGACAGUCCUACUAAGAGUGCGGGAUCUGAACACAUAUGGAAGUUAAGUUUGGAUCCAUCGCUAAGUUAUGAAGAGCGAGAAAAAAGGAUAGAGCAAGCCACUGGAAGGGCUUUUUUUAUCCAGGAUAUGCUUGCCUCGACUUUGUUAGCUGACUAAUACCAGAAUUGAUUGAACAUUUGAACUAUACCACCAUGCUGUUAUAAAGAAAAAGAAAUCUUUCACCUCUACCAAAUGGUUACCUAGGAUUGAAGGGCGACUCGCAAUUUACUUCAUCCAGUGACUUUUGACACGGGGGCUCUGAGGCUUAGAAUUAGUCUAGCGUAAGAAAAAGUAUACAAGGCAGGGAUUCGGCGACUUUGAUUCUUACAUCAAGGAAUCCUCAGACAGUAUUGUUAGGAGUGAAUACUUCACUUUGAUUCUUAUUCUGCUGUCCUCAACAAAGAGCCUUGCGCCUGUGACCAUCCAAUAGCCAGGCGAAUCCUCAGGGCCUCUCACCAUUUCUUUUGUGUCGACAAAGUGUGACAUUUUUGGUGGCUUUGCUGGUGUGGGAGGGCCGGCAGGAUAAAUUGCUGAAUUCAGAUCAGCCUUGGCUGGUUUUUCAGGUGGAGUGAGCUUUGUACUGAAUGGCGUGGUGAUAAGCAUUGAUAUCAGUCCUGACUUUCGAGCUGAGUUUGAGGGUUCGUCCCACUCUGCCCUUCGGCUUAAUGCAGAGGACACCAUUGAGAAACCAAGCCUCAGGAACAGAACUUUUUUCAUGCCAACAACCUUCACCUCGAACCAGGCCUUGGUCACAAUAGAUGCAAAGUCAUCUAUUCGUGCCCCUUGAUACUCGAUUGGAGCUGUGCAAACAUGUGAAAAUAUGCUCCAUUUAACCGGUUCAAAGUAGUCUUGCUGAAAUUUCACAUCAAUGGGCUCAUAGGUGUGAUCAUCUGUCAGUUGAAGGCUUUCUGGAAGUGCUGAUAAAUGCUGCAGAUGGAUAGCUAGGUGAUCACUCCUUUUACCUUCCAAGUACAACCGAAUUCCAGUGACUGGCCGGUUUCCAGAGUCAACCUGCAAAUUCUCAUUGUUAGAGCUGCAAAGAGGAAGAUAUGACAAUCCAACUAUUAUUGGUAAAAAAGGGGAAAACAAUUUAAGUUAUUUAACCAUAUAAAUGGUCAGAAUGUUGACAACAGCUAAUGGGUUAGGAAGCAGUGAUCUCUCCACUUUCUUUUCUACUUGUACAACUCUUAUUACCAUUCAACUAUAGAGAAGAUGCAAUUGUAAAGUUUAAAUGUAUACUGUUUGCUUUGGCAUACAAAAGUUCACCUUCA